ACGAUAUUUAUUGGUUAUGGAUAUGGAUCCAGGCGAAGGUACUUCGGAUGGUCGUAUACGCCGCAAAUUGGAAAAUGUUGCAGUCGAAAUCAAACGAGAAUCAGACAUUAAAGAAGAACCAUCGGAUGACAGUGAAUUUGAUUUUGUAACACAAUCGAAUGAAAUUUUUGAAGGAGGCGCAGUGACUGCCACACAGAACAUAGAAUUGGUGGACGAGUCUGAUUCGGAUUUUGUUCCCGACUUUGAUUUGAAUGGUGUAAAGGAAGAAGUGAAGUGUGAAAAAGAAAAAGAUUUGUCAGCUUAUUCGAGUUCGGAGGAAGAUGGACCGAAUGCUUUUGACGGCGAAGGUGGUGAGUCAGUGGUCAAAUCAAACGUCAACCGUAAGAGAUUCAAUUCAAGUGGCAAAGGAAAGAAACGCGAUGGAUCGAGAAAACAAAACAAACGAAAGAUUCCGAGGAACAAGGCGGCGAAGAAACGAAAGGAGCACAAAUGUCAUGUCUGCGGUUAUGUUGCAUCUUGUGAAAGUAUCCUCACCAGACACAUUCGUGUUCACACAGGCGAGAAGCCCUACACAUGCGAUACGCCCAAAAAUCGCAUGAAAGACGCUGCAAACAACGUCGACACGAAUGUUAUCUCUGCGAAUACAAAAGUUUCACCAAAGACAGUCUCAAAAGACAUAUGCAAGCAAAACACACCGGUGAACGUCAACUUCAAUGUGAAGUACGCGGGAAGAGAUUCAUCAGAAAAUCUGAAGUGGUGCGAGGCACGUUUUCCACAGAGAUGGAUCGCCGAAGAUCAUAUGAACCGACAACAUCAUUCAACGAAAGAACGAGGUUCGUAG